AUGGGUCUUGUAAGCCGGCUGCUCCCACUGGCUAUGCUAUUCCUUUUCCUUGCAAUUAUUGGAUUCCUGGGCCUGGUAGUGUACAACAUCGUUAUGGACGUGAAGGCGCAGACGAAGAAGCACAUGGAGAAGAACAACGUGAUGUUCUCGAAGGACGGAGUAACUGUGGAGUUAAAGGAGCUAAACGAUGAAGAGUACAAGGACAGAACUCAAAGCGUCCUUGUCGACGUUUGGAAUCACGGCGCUCUGCCUGAUAUGAAGUACCACUGGCGACGGAAGACGCCGAGCAACAACCACGGAAAAUAA